AGACGAAGAGACCGUUCGACCAGAACCAGGACUACAAAAGGGAGCAAGGCGAGAAGUUUGUCACAGUCCGCAUGAUCGCAGAGAACAAGGCGCCCAACGUGCCCAAAGCAGCGAUUACUGAUAGGGGAACCAUCAAGGCAGUAAGACCUUUGCUUCCAGUGCGGUACAGGAGCAAAUUCAAUGAGUGGCAGAUGGCCACAGACAUAGCAUUCACAAUCCCAACCCUCGACGACGACAGAGCCCUGGCCAAGAGCAUCAGGGACAACAUCUCAACGGAGACUCCGAUGGGCGUGUACGGGGUCCCACCAUGCGAACAGACAGCCGAAGGGAAGACGCUGGAAGAACCAAUCUUCACCCCCUUCGACCACAUCCUGGUCAAGCUCGACGAGAGGGCAAAACUCAGCGAAGGCCUGACCUGGAGGGCAUGGGACACAAUCACAAUGCUGGCGGACAUCAUCAGGACCCGACUAAUGACCUCCAAGACCUCGCUGCAGGACGAGGCAACUCCCAUCGAUGUGGACAUGGGAAGGGAAGAUUCUGACAUGGAGGACGAGGAAGUUGUAGAGAGGGAAGAGGACAACAAGAUCUCCCCGGGGGGAGACAACGAUGAGCCUCCAACGAAGUCGGAGAGCAGCGUUGGAGAGUACGGCCUGAGCUCCUCAGCAGCAAGCGAGGACAGCAGGGACUCCGACACCGACAGCAGCAAGACCCAGGCAGCUGUGCUUCGGCCGGGUCAGUGGAGAGGUGGUGGGGAGGUGCUUCGGACGGCUCGGUGGGGAGGUGGUGGGGAGGAGCUUCGGUUGGCUCGGUGGAGAGGUGGUGGGGAGGUGCUUCGGCCGGCUCUGUGGGGAGGUGGUGGGGAGGUGCUUCAGCCGGCUCGCUGGGGAGGUGGUGGGGAGGUGGUGGAGAGGUGCUUCGGUCGGCUUGGUGGAGAGGUGCUUCGGCCGGCUCGGUUGGGAGGUGUUGGGGAGGUGCUUCGGCCGGCUCGGUGGGGAGGUGGUGGGGAGGUGGUUCGGCAAGCUCGGUGGGGAAGUGGUGGGGAGGCUCUGUGGGGAGGUGGUGGGGAGGAGCUUCGGUUGGGUCGGUGGAGAGGUGGUGGGGAGGUGCUUCGGUCGGCUGUGUGGGGAGGUGGUGGGGAGGUGCUUCGGCCGGCUCGCUGGGGAGGUGGUGGGAAGGUGCUUCAGCCGGCUCGGUGGGGAGGUGGUGGGGAGGUGCUUUGGCCGGCUCGGUGGGGAAGUGGUGGGGAGGUUCUUCAGCUGGCUCGGUGGAAAGGUGCUUUGGCCGUCUCAGUGGGGAGGUUCUUCGGCCGGUUCGGUGGGUCGGUGCUUCGGCCGCUCGGUGGGGAGGUGGUGGGUAGAUGCUUCGGCUGGCUUAGUGGGGAGGUGAUGGGUAGGUGCUUUGGCUGGCUCGGUGGGGAGGUGGUGGGUAGCUGCUUUGACCGGCUCGGUGGGGAGGUGGUGGCCAGUGAUGCUGAGAAACCGUAUAUGCAAGCACUCUUAGACAGUGCAAUCAAAAGGGAACAGGAGUCAGAGAAGGAGAGGAAGGAGACCCUGCUGAAAAGGCAAGUGGCUCUCCUAGAGACUGUUCCCUCACUGACUGAAGAGCAGUGUGGGGAACAGUUGCAGUCCAUACUUACAGCCUUUGUUCAAGUCAGGAAUCUUGAGGACCAUACCACUCAGAUCGCUGAAGUCUUUGCAAAGUUGCAGACACUUCAAGAUGAUCUGACUGAUAUGACCCGCAAGUACCAUGAAUUGACAAAGGAGGUGGUUGACCUGCGACAAGCCCAAGUGGCCAACCCUCUUCCUCUACCCCCUAGAACCGAAGCUCCAAUCGAAACUACCUCUGCCCCUCUCACCGUAUCUUCUUCUGCCACUUCUUCGAGUGUGAUGGCAACCCCCUCGGGACCUGCAGCAGGUGCAGAUUCCGUUGUUGCUGUAACAAGCAAUGAGGUUGAAACUUCUGCAACUACUGCAGCCCCAAGACCGGAACCAGCUGCUGCUGGUCCCAACCACGCCGGUCCCUAUGUGGACCGAAAGGAGGUACAAAUACCAUCCAAGUACGACGGCAAGGAAGACAUUGAGUUCUGGAUCGGCUCCAUGAGGGCCUACUUUGAGAUUCUGGGGACUCAAAUUGAGACCCAGGUGGUGAUAGUGGGAAUGAAUGUCGAGCCGGUCGUACGGGGCUUCCUAGAAGUCCAAGCAACGCGGGCUGGGUUCCAAAAGACUGCAUUAGCCAAAUGGCUUAGGACCACCCUUGUUGCCUCCCUCGAAGAUCUCCUUAUCUCACAAUACCAAGAUCCACAUGUUGUUGUUAGAGCAAGAACUCAACUUGACAAAGUCAAGCGCAGCAAGUGGACAGGCUCCAUGAAAAGCCUGCAGACCUAUCUAAGCAAGAUGUUUGCUACUCCUGGUUUGGACUUGUCUGCUCAAUCUUGCUUAGAUGUGGUUAAGGGCGCGGUUCCAACUAGUUUCACUAAUCGCCUGGGCAAGGACUACAUUGCAUACACUGACUGGCUCACCUUAAUGAAGGACAUAGUCAGUUUGGAGGCUAUAGACCUCGUCAGCACGGCAGGCAGCAAAAAGCCCAUGGGCGGCAGACGGUUCCAGGGCAGCAACCGUUUUGCUGUACAUGACCUGCUGGAGGCCAAAGAAGAAGCCGAUGCGGGUGACCCCACUCUUGGUGACGACAAAGAACAGGACUUCGAUACAGCUUGGAAACCAGAAUCGGGCGUAGAGCCAGUUUCAGCAAACUCUACAGCAGGGGAGUCCGACUCUGUUGAAAAUCAGCAGCCCUCCCUUGAAGCCCAACCAUCUGCUGAAGACAAGGCUGAGGUAAGUAAUGUCUUGUAUGUCGAACCUUGGGAGGAGUCUGAGAUGGUUGACUUCCACUACCACUUGGAGCAUUGGGCUGAGAUGAAACAGCAGCGUGCCCAAGGAACAGUGAAGUUGAUCUUCUUUAAACUUCUCAUAAACCACCGCUAUCUCCGUGUGCUGGUUGACUGUGGUGCUACAGCUAAUCUCAUGUCACCACAUGGGAUACGCAAGGUGGGCUUGGGGAUGAAGCAAGUGGCCCUGCAGAACCCUUGUCGGACCCAAGUCGGCAACAAGGAAGUUGUCUCUUCAACACAUGCAGUCAAAGGUGUGCGCACUACCUUUGACAAAGGCAAGACUGUCACCCACGCGUUGAACUUCUUUGUCCUUGACAAGUGCCCCUUCGACGCUGUCCUUAGCUUGGACUGGCUGGAGUCCCAAUGCGAAUGGACCAAGUGGAAGGAAUCACUCUUCAUGGUCAAAGAUGCUCAGGGGAACGAGUUUCCUGUCCUCUUGGAUGAGAAGUGCGAAUCCCCAGUGACUUUUCUAAACGCUAUGCAGUUCUACAUAAAGUGGCGCAAGCAUAAAGAGGACGAACAGUUGUAUGUUGCCUUUGUUCGUCCUGCUCAUGUGCCUUCUACUUUUGCGGCUAAUACCACUACUACUUUGAUUGAUGAUCCUACUUCUGACAUCCAAACCCUCCUCGAUCGGUUUUUGGAAGUCCUGGCCAAGCCACGUGGAGUCCCCACGCGACCGGUCCGACACACCAUCGAGUUGGUCGAGGGUGUUGUUCCUCCAAAGGGCUGCGUGUACCGUAUGGGACCCGGCGAGUUGGAGGAACUCCGGCGACAGAUCGAUGAGAUGAUUGACAAAGGGUGGAUCAAACCAAGUGAAUCUGAAUUUGGUGCUCCUGUGUUGUUUGUGCCAAAGAAAGGAGGGAAACUCCGCAUGUGUAUUGACUAUCGCGGUCUAAACCGCAUCACAAGGAAAAAUGUUUAUCCAUUGCCUCGUAUAGAUGAUUUGCUUGAUGUCUCAGGCGGGUGCAAGGUCUUUUCCAAGAUCGAUCUCAAGUCUGGCUACCACCAGAUUGAAGUCGAUCCUACGGACCAGCACAAGACUGCGUUCAAAACACGCGACGGGCUUUAUGAGUUCACUGUAAUGCCCUUCGGUCUUACGAACGCACCAGCCACUUUCCAAAGCUUCAUGGACAAGGUCCUCCGCGAACAGAUUGGCCGUUUUGUGGUAGUGCACCUGAAUGAUAUUCUGAUCUUCAGCAAGUCCAUGGAGGAACACCUCAAGCAUCUUGAGGAGGUGCUCGCUAUCCUCAAGAAGACACAACUCCAUCUCAACUUGGAGAAAUCUGAGUUUGGGAAGGAUAGCGUCAUCUAUCUUGGGCAUCGGUUGUCUGCUGCAGGCCUAGAGCCUGAGGCAGCCAAGAUUGAGGUCAUACGCGAUUGGUCUCAGCCUGCGAACAUUCGCGAAUUGCGUUCUUUCCUUGGUCUCGCGUCCUACUAUCGGAAGUUUGUGACCCACUUCUCUAUCAUUGCUCGUCCAUUGUCGCGACUAACCCGCAAAAAUGUGCCUUAUUCCUGGGAUGCCGCGUGUACGAAAGCUUUUCAAACUCUCAAGGAAGCCUUGGUAAGUUACCCAGUACUCCGCAUUGCAGAUCCCAAACUAACAUUCGUAGUUACUACGGAUGCAAGUCAGUAUGGAAUCGGUGUAGUGCUGCAACAAGAUGACAGCGAUGGCCUGCGGCCACUCGAGUACUACAGCAAACGAAUGCCCCGCGUAAAGGUAGCCACUUCCACCUACAUGCGCGAGCUCUAUGCUUUGCAUAUGGCGUUGGAUCACUGGAAACAUUACCUUUUGGGACGCCACUUCAAAGUCUUCUCAGAUCAUGAGACCUUGAAGUGGAUCAAACAGCAAACUACUCUGUCCCCUACCUUGCUUCGCUGGUUCCAUGAGAUUGACAUCUUCGAUUUUGAAUUAAGACACAAAAAGGGCUGUUACAAUCGAGUCGCUGACGCAUUGUCUCGCCACCCUAAGUACAUGACUUGCCUUGUGAAAUCCUAUGACCUUCGGAAGAAACUGAAAGAGGAGCUGGUAGAGCAGACAGCCAAGGAUCAAGAACUUAGUUCCAUCCUUGAGCAGUUGCGGGAUGAUCCUAGCAGUCAGCCUGAUUUCCACGAGUAUGGAGGACUGAUUUUUCGUUGCUACGGGAACCAUGACCGUUUGUGUGUGCCCAACCAUGAGCCUCUCCGGACACACUUUCUGGACUUGGCUCAUGGCCGGAGCGGGCACUUCGGCAUGACAAAAACGUACGCUAAUUUGCUGAGACAGUUUGAUUGGCUUGGCAUGAAAGGGACUGCUCAGAAGUUUGUGGCUGAAUGUCAAGUCUGUCAGCGGAUCAAACCAUGUAGACAAAAGCCCAUGGGUCUACUCACACCUCUACCCAUUCCCGAAGGUCCCGGGGAGUCUGUCUCCAUCGACUUCACUGACAUGGGUAAGGUAAGCAAAAACGGUUAUUCGCAAGUCAUGGUGAUUGUUGACAAAUUUUCAAAAUUUCUUAAUCUGAUCCCUUUGCCGCCUCACACCCCAACAAAUCUAGUGAUCUGCGAAUUCCAACAGAAAUACCUGCUGCAAUUCGGAACCCCGAAGACUCUUGUGAGCGAUUGGGAUCCGCGUUUCAUUAGCACUGAAUGGAAGGAUUUCACGUCCCACCUAGGAAUCAAAUUGUGCAUGGCAUCUGGCCGGCAACCCAAAGCCAACGGUUUGGCUGAGGAGAUCAACCAGACUGUAUUCCAACUUCUUCGUGCGUUGAUUAUUCCGGACCAGGAGACAUGGGAUGAAGAGCUGUAUUUUGUCAAGGGGUUGUAUAACAACUCUGUCCAUUUUGCCACCGCCAUGACACCCAACAGGUUGCACUACGGUUGGCAGAUCCGUAAUCCGCUCUCCUACUUAUUCCCUGAGCAGUCAGCUGGCUUAACACCCGGCAGGCCCGGCUUCAGGGCUAAGUAUGAUCGCUUGCUCAAAGUUGCUGUUGCAGCUAUGACCAAGCGACAACAUGCCAUGAUCCACCAUGCAAACAAAAAGCGCCGACCAUCGGAGAUUCAAGUAGGAAGCUAUGUUUGGGUGAAGAUGUCUGAAUUCUCAGAGGAGGAGGGAGUCUCACGCAAACUCCUCCCACUCUACUACGGGCCUUGGGAAGUUUUGGAUGUAAUUGGGGAAGAUCACUUUGGCCCUUCGUACGUUGUAGACGUGCCAGCUCACCUGCGCAUAUAUCCCGUGUUCCAUGCAUCUAAAUUGAAUCUCCACCGUGACGCCGAGACAUUCGAUUACCGCGAAGAUAUGAUCCCUCGCGCAAUCAAGGGCGGGCACGAAAUAGAUGGAAUCAAACAGCAUGUAGGUAAGGGAAGAAACAGACAGUACCAGGUUCAUUUUAUGUAUCACCCGUUAGACGGUCUGUACUGGAUCUCCAAACAGGAACUGCUACGCAACGCACCGCGCGUUGUCAAAGCCUAUGAGCGACAAAUCGCUAUUAACGCCGCACCAAAGAUCUCAGCAAGGCUCACUGCGACAGAGUAUUCCAGGAAUCUCUUUGCCUUGCUCGCUUACGAUGCGUUUGCCGAGGACUCAGAAUGAGUUACUCGCUCGAAGGGACCUCGCUCUUGAGGGGGUGGUAGUGUGAUAACCCGUCCAAACACGG